AUGGACAACACUCUGCUGAAUAGUGGCUCCUCGGGGCUAGAGGAUUCAGUUCACGGUGGUAAUGUACCUGUUGGACAAAAUCAAGAAGAACUUGAACAACAGCAAUUGCAACUGCAAAACCAGUACCUAUUAGAUCUCUUCAAAAAGAACAAGUCCACCCCAAUUCACGUCUCCCAGGUGGUUAUCAACGGUUCAGAACUUGUGCGCGAUGAUAUACUACAGAGUUACCUCGCAGAAACUAUCCACAAGGCCGAUACGUUCGAACAAUUGUGCAGGUAUUCAGAUUGGUUCAACUACAAGAUGGUAGGCAACGGAAUGGCGAAUUCUGUGGCCAUGAGCCUCGAUAGCAGGGGCAGCUAUCCGGUACAGAUCUCAGAAAGGGACUAUGGGUCGUGGAAGUACAGCUCUGGGGCUCCCGAGACGAUAUCUGUCGUUGAUGUGGUGCCCAUCGUGCAGUUGCAUCCGGUGAAAAGAUUCAGUGCCAAGACUGGGACCAACAUCGGCAACGGCGAAGGUGACGGGUACAUUCAGUUCCAAUUGAGGAAUAUCCUGCAUGGAGGUGAACGGUUGACGCUGGAUGCCACCAAGGGGACCAAGACGCACUCUUCGUACUUGCUAAACUACUUCCAGCCCUUGCAUUCGCCCUGGUGGUGCACCGAUACGUCGAUAUUCAAGAAUGCUAGAGAGUUGGGCCGGUGCGAGCUGUUUGUGAGAGGGUUCAGCAGCAGCUUGAAGAGCGGGUACUUUCACGAGGGGGCAGUGAACCACGAGUACAAGUGGGAGAGUUUGUUGAGAAGUUGCGACGUGAAGUCCGAUCUGGCGUCAUCGCACCUUUUGCUCUGUGCUGGAGACAGCGUCAAGCAUUCGAUCACGCAUUCGAUGACCAGAGACACACGCGAUAACCACAUUGCUCCAAGUAACGGUUCGCUGCUCAAGUUUAGUAACGAACUGGCGUUGGGUAAAUUUUACAAGGCCACUUUAGAGUGCAAUUUGACCAAGAGUUGGUUCAAGCGCGAUUUCGUUACCGUAAGCUCUACUUUGAAAGCAGGGUACAUACACAAUUUCCAUGCGAACAAGUAUCCGUUGCAUGUGAUGGACAAGUUUUACAACGGUGGUAGCAAUGACGUGAGAAGUUUCCAAGUGAUGGGGUUGGGCCCCAAGAGCGUGCACGAUUACGUCGGUGGGGACACUUCUCUUGCAUAUGGGGUCAGCGUGUUCAGCAGACUGCCAAUACGAAAGUUUUACGACUCGAAUUUUAGACUGCACGCGUUCUUUAACGGUGGCAGGUUGAUAAAUCGAGAAUACAAUGGGUCCUCGUCGUCCAUGAACAUGGAUUUAGUGCGCGAAAUGCUGUCGCAACAUUCGUGUUCUACUGGGUUUGGUAUUGUAUUCAGACACCCUGUUGCUAGGUUCGAGCUGAACUUCACGGUCCCUUUAACGGCACAUGCUUCAGACGCCACAAGGAAGGGUUUCCAGUACGGUAUUGGUAUUUCGUUCUUGUAG